AUGAGUCGGUACAAGCGAAAAACCGAUAGAAAGUUAAUUUUUACUGAAGAAAACUUACUAGAAAUACAGCAAAAAUUAGAAGAAGGAUGUGCUGUGUUUCUCAUUGAUGAUAUUGCUAACAAAAGUGUUAAAAAAUCAAAACCUAAAGUAAAUUAUAAGAGUCCAGAAGAAAAUGACGACUAUUUUGAAGGUGACAUCAUAUUACCACUGGAUUCACUGCGAAACGGCAGAUCUGGGGAAACAUAUAGAUGGGACCAAGGAAUAAUUCCAUUUAAAAUGACUGAAAAUGUUACUGUUGAGCAAAGGGAAAAGAUUUAUCAAGCAUUUGCUACGAUUCAUAAAUAUACAUGUAUUACUUUCAGACCUGAACGACCGCAUGAUAGGUAUCAUAUUAACAUUGUAAACGAAAAACAGAAGGUCUGUGCUUCCUCUGUUGGAAGGCAACCUGCUGGAACACAAAACGUAACGCUGGGAGACAAGUGCCGUUUGGGGAACAUUAUACAUGAAUUCAUGCACGUAAUUGGUUUUUGGCAUGAACAAAGUAGAAAAGACAGAGACAAACAUGUCGACAUUAUACACGAUAAUAUAUUAGAAGGCAAGUAUUGA